AUGGACAAAGAUCUCCGCCAACCCGAGCCCACGGCACACGACAAGGGCUCCUCCGAAAUCGCCUUUGCCCGCGCCGAUGCCGAGACGGGCGGCUCUUCCGGCUUCAGCGCCUGGUUCGGCGGACGCAACACCAAAGUCGGCCCGCGCAUUGCGCCUCGCCAGGAGGGCGUCGGAGAAGGGUCCGACAGCGAGGACAGCGCCGAUGCCAUCUUGACCAAGCAGCUUGCCGAGGAGGAUAGCCAUGCGAUCAAGUACAGGACAUGCAGCUGGCAGAAGACGGCCGGGUUGCUCUUUUCCGAGUACAUUUGUCUCGCUAUCAUGAGUUUCCCGUGGUCGUAUAGCAUCCUUGGACUCGUACCCGGCUUGAUCCUUACUGCCGUCAUCGCACUCGUUGUGCUCUACACGUCCUUGGUUCUGUGGCAAUUCUGCAUGAGGCACCCCGAAGUUCGCGACGUUUGCGAUAUCGGCCAGAUGCUCUUCUGGGGAAAGACGUGGGCGUGGUAUGCUACCGCUUUCAUGUUCAUCCUGAACAACACUUUUAUCCAAGCUCUGCACGUCCUCGUCGGCGCCAAAUACCUCAACACGAUGACCGCGUCCGACCCCGUCGUCUGCAGGACCGUCGUCUUCUCCAUCGUCGUUACCAUUAUCUGCUGGCUCUCCUCGCUGCCUCGCACGUUCGACGCGCUGUCAAAGGCCGGCACCGCCUCCGCGGCCUUUACAUUCAUCUCGGUGCUUCUGGCGACGAUCUUUGCCGGCAUCCAGGCGCAUCCCGCCGGCUACGAUCCCCGGUCGACGUAUGUCGACCCGACUACUAACACGACAAUGACUGGCGGCGCCCCCAUCGUCACGGCCAUUCCCAUCGCUGCCACCACCUUCGUCUCCGGCAUGAAUGCUUUCCUGAACAUAAGCUAUACUUUCAUCGGCCAGAUUACGCUGCCCAGUUUCAUUGCGGAGAUGAAGGACCCGAGGGACUUCCCCAAGGCUCUGUGGGCCGUCACCAUUGGCGAAAUUAUCGUCUUCAGUAUUGUGGGAGCAGUCAUCUACGCCUACGUCGGGAACCAGUACAUGACCGCCCCGGCAUUUGGAUCUCUCGAGGAAGUCUACAAGAAGGUGUCCUUCUCCUUCAUGAUUCCAACUUUGAUCUUCCUCGGCGUCUUGUACGCCAGCGUUUCGGCCAGAUUCCUCUUCUUCCGCUUGUUCAAGGGCACCAAGCACUUGCACGAGCACACUAUUGUCGGCUGGGGCUCUUGGGCCACCAUUCUCCUUGCGCUGUGGCUCUUGGCAUUCUUGAUUGCCGAACUCAUCCCAUUCUUCUCUUCUCUGCUCUCCCUCAUGUCCUCACUGUUCGAUUCCUUCUUCGGCUUCAUCUUCUGGGGCGUUGCCUACUUCCGCAUGCGAGGCGCCGACAACCGUGCUGGCGUUCCGAAGCCCGGGAGGCUUGCUGACCUGGCGACAAUGGGAAUCAACAUUGUCAUCAUCCUCACCGGUCUUUUGUUCCUCACUGCCGGCACAUACGCCAGUGUUGAGGGUAUCAUUGAGGAGUUUCGAGCGGGCACCGUCGGCAAGCCUUUUGGCUGUGCCAGUAAUGGACUUUGA